GGGGAAGUGAAGAGCUUUGGUGUUUUUUCUCCACCUGGAGGACAAAGAGAACAAUCCACAUCUUUGCAUCAAAGCUCAUGGCAAAAGCAAUCUCCAUUCCAUCUAUCCUUUUUCCUUCUCAAAAUCUCAACUUUAGGUUCAUCUUCUUGUCCUUCUGAUCUUCUCCUUGAUUCCUCAGUUCCAAAUAUUUCAUUGUAGGGAGAGAAGAUGGAGCAAGUGGAGAAAGCCAACAGGGAUGCAGUGCAGAGUAGCCAAAGAGUAUUGAACCUCAUCUCACAAUCCAAAGAGCAACAAAUGCUUCCUUUCAGGUCUCUAAUGGCAGAAACAAGAGAUGCUGUUUCAAAGUUCAAGAAAGUUGUGACCUUGCUGAGUAUCAGUAAUGGUGGAGGUCAAGCAAGGGCCAAAAUAGUGAAAAAAUCACAAAUUCCUAUUGCUCAUACUAUGUUCAUUGAUAACCAGUUUGCUAGAAAUCCAUACUCAUUAAAUCAUCAUAAACACUUGAUGUGGAAUGCUGACAUGUUUAGACUCUGUAGUUCUAGCACCACAACUACUUUGUCUUCAAACAUGUCCUUUGUUUCUUCAUUGAGCAUGGAUGAUAAACCUUUUCAGAUGAUUGGUAGGCCUAUAUCUUCUGAAUUAGUGACCCGAAACACGACUAAUGCUCGAUGUCAUUGUUCAAAAAAGAGGAAGAAUAGAGUGAAGAGAUCCAUUAUGGUGCCUGCUAUUAGUAACAAGCUUGCUGAUAUCCCUUCAGAUGAUUACUCAUGGAGGAAAUAUGGGCAGAAGCCAAUCAAGGGUUCUCCAUAUCCUAGAGGAUACUAUAAAUGCAGCAGCAAGAGAGGCUGUCCUGCAAGGAAGCAUGUAGAGAGAUGCUUCCAAGAACCGUCGAUGCUUAUUGUGACUUAUGAGGGGGAGCACAACCACACCGAUUGAUCGGCUGAAUCCCGAAGACCAAUCGUGUGAAUUUAAUCAUGAAUAGGUGAGCAUACAAAUGAAAUUACUUUCUGAAAUCGAUCUUAUGGAGACAUUCUACUUGAGAGAAAACUGAUGCAAUCCAAAAGUGUCGAUCAGAUACGGAAAUUAUGCUAGCAAAGACCAUGUGUUUAUUCAUGGACGGAGAAAAUUUUGGUGGCCGGGGAACCGAUAAACAAGGGAUGAGUUUCUGAUAGCAGAUCAAUUAGAAUGUGUAUGGUUUUGUUUUCAAGCUGUAGUUUUUGUUUCAGUUUGCUCUCUUUUGCAGCAAGGCUUGUGUUUGAAACAUUUAGUAUUCGAGUUUUGUUCAUUUUCUACUGUUUAAACAUGAAGAUCAUCCCAAUUUGUCUCAA